CUUCAUCAUUGAAUGCGGGAGUCCAACGAAGAAGACUCACACCCCUUGGGCUUCAGUCAGGGCUUGGAGUUAAAGCCAGGCUGCAUAUUUCGGGCGCUGGGAGUAAACAAGGUUCCAGCUGUGUGUCGUCCGUACAACAUGACAGGAAACACCUUGCGGCUCGCAGGUCAGCAACGUCAGACUCGACAAUAACAUUAAAGCUUCGUUCAGAUGUCAGGAACAAACUAGACGAAUCCAGGAGGACUGGAGGCCCAGAUCUCUCUCUCUCUCUCCUCCACGUGAGACAAAUGGUUUUGAGUCAUGGAUCAAGGUGUUGUGGACAGUUCUGUUACCCUUGUCAUCAGGGCACCCAACCAGAAGUACAGUGACCACACCAUCAACUGUUGCCAUAACUGGACUGUGAAGAAACUCAAAGCGCACAUCUCAGAUGUGUACCCAAGCAAACCCAGCUCCAAAGACCAGAGGCUGGUGUAUUCUGGGAAGCUGCUUUUGGAUCACUUUACUCUAAAAGAUGUGCUCAGAAAGCAGGAUGAGUAUCACAUGCUCCACCUGGUGUGCGCCUCCCGAACCCCUCCCAGCUCCCCGAAGCCCCUCCGCAGCCACGGCAACAAGCCUCAGGAGGAGUCGGCCGGUCCCGCGCCCCUCCUAAAUUCUGCCAGUCCUGCCACUGGUCAACACAGCCCUCCAGCAGAGAGCAGUGAUGCACUCAGACAGCGAGCUGGACCCUUCCCUUACCACCAGAUGUAUCCACAAUUUAUGCAAAGCUGGGAUCCGUACUCCCCGCAACUAAUUGCUCCCACAAACAUGCCCGCUCAUGUCAACCCUGUGACCCUGAUGUGGUGGCAGCAGUUGUACGCCCGCCAGUACUACAUGCACUAUCAGUUACUGGCCGCCUCCUCUCAACAUCUCAGGCCGGACCAGCCCUCCACUCACCAGCCCGACUCUCUGAGCCAGCGGCCUCAGGCAGAUCGCCGCGGCAACCCCGAGGUCCAGAUGAACGCCCAGGGAGGCGAGAUCAUGAACGAGGAGGAGCAGAACCGGGAUUGGCUGGACUGGGUGUACACGUUCUCACGCGCUGGGAUCCUACUCAGUAUAGUGUACUUCUACUCCUCCUUCAGCCGCUUUGUCAUGGUGAUGAUGGCCAUGCUAGUGCUUUACCUGCAUCAAGCCGGCUGGUUUCCCUUCAAUCUGGAGAAUGAGCUCCAGCUUCCUGGAGACAGAGGCCAUCAGGACGACAUGGAGGGAGAGCUACAGAACCAGGACCUGCAGGAAAUGGAAGGAGUGAUGGACGACGGCUCGGACGACGAUGGGGAAAGCGGAGAGGAAGGAGCGGAGGACCCUAACAGCGCCCCCAACGCGGGCUUCCUGUCCUCAACGUGGUCCUUUAUCAUAACCUUCUUCAUGUCUCUCAUCCCAGAGGGGCCGCCAAACGCUGCAAACUGAACCACGAGCCGCCACGGUUCUCCACAAGGGCACAACGCAUCCUGCCUGCUUAGGAAACCUGUUUAUGUUGCAGUACAAUAUUAUACUUCCCCACUAGUCCUUUACUACAUAUCCAAGACUUUGAGCCAAAACAUACAUGGCAACUGAUGUGAAGAGAACCGAGGAAAAACGGUCAGAACAUUUUGAACUGUCAAAUGAUCUUAACUUCAGUGAGCGCCAGUAGUCUCUGUAAAUGCAUUGUUUCUGCAUUAAAAAAAGGACAACAGGCACAUUUAUGAAGAUAAACAGCCUUGUUUUUCCUUUGUGUGAAGCUGCAAUGUUUUUUUUAUAGUGGUUGUAUCCAAAUAAGAUAUUUUAUUUUGAGAAAUGGCCACUUUAGUCCAAAAGCUGGAGUCCUGUUAUGCCUGUGAUAGAUAACAUUACUGAUGGAGUUCAUAAAAAUGUGUACUGAUUUCCUUGCCCUUGGCUAAAAGACAGAAGCAGAUAUUUACUUCCUGGAUUAACCUGUAGCUCCACUGUGAGGAGCUCUGGAAGAAUGGAGGUUAUUGUUUUAGGAUUCCCUACAAGAAGAAGAAGGUGUGUGUGUGUGUAUGUGUGAGACAUGGCAUGAGUAACCAAGCGCAGGUGUAUUUAAUAACACAUGAUAGCUGCGUUGUCCAUAGGGGAAGCUGCAUAGCUUGACUCAGACGAUCGUUCAUGUAAUUUUCCUGCUGUGUUUUUCUGACUGACUGUUAAAAAAUGUCUGCUGUGAAUAAAGGUCCGUGAGCUCCC